AUGUCAAUAGGCACGGACUCCCAGUCAAGCUCCCGCGACCUCUCGUCGUCAAUCUCGUCACUCAACCAGUCGAGCAAGCGGACGUCAUCCGAGAUCUCCAAAAUCUACAAGCAUGCCUCUCAACUUUUUCUCACGCGCCGUUUACUGGAGGCAUACGAAGCCCUACAGCCUGUGAUCACACCCUCGAGCCAAAAAAGGCCGGAUGACAGCCCGGCUCUCGCACCCAUCGCGACUGCGACCACCAGCCAGCGCAUCAAGAUCUGGAGCUUAUACGUCACGCUUCUGAACUCCAUCGUUGACCUUGGGUACGAAGAGGGGAGACAGGUGUUUGGGCCCAGAGAAUACAAAGAGAUUGUCAGGCGCGUACAGCACGGCGAGAUCUGGGAGCAGGUCGUCAAGGACGGAUAUCAGGGCAGAGAGGGCUCGGUUGAUGCGGAAGUUGUCUACAACUUGUCAAAUCUCCUCCUUUCACAAGCCCCGGACCAGAAAAUCAAUCAAUCUCGACUCGAAACCUACUUUUCGUCCUCUUCACAGCCAGAUCUCGACCUCCCCGCCCACCUUGACCACGCUCUGAGCAAUGGCCACCAACAUUCCUCGGGAAUGAAUGGUGCCAACACCCCCAAAGAUCUCACCUCACGCAUAAAAGUUCUCGAAAUAUUCACGCUACAUGUGCUACCCCGAAAUGGCGAAUGGGAUUACGCAAAGAGUUUCAUUUCGAACAGUGAUAUCUUAGACGAGGAGAGACGGGAAGCAUUCAUGCAGACUCUGCAGGAACUCCAAGAUGUCACGGAAAGAGAGUCUAGUCUUGAGGUUGCGGACGAAGACGUCUUCGAGGAUACAGAAGAAAUAUUCUCAAAGCAGGAAGGAACCGGCACUGAUGAUAAAACAAUGGAAACGGUUUCUCCGUCGCAAAGUGGUGCGUCCAAACACCAAAGGACGAGUAGCGAGGUUGACUACGGGAUCGAACGAGCACAUCCCAACGGCGGUACCCAUACAGCAGCAACCAAGGACCAAACAGCACCUAUUGCCUCCUCGCCCAUGACCAGCCUUCCUCCUCAACCCGUUCCAACUCCACGGUCGCCUCCACCGCCUGGUCCUCCGAGUUCAUCAAUACAGGGCCGCACCCACUUCUCGCCUCCUGCACAAACUCCCCGCCGUCCAGCCAGCCGAAAGAAUUCCAAAGCUUCCUCACAGAAUGCACUAACGGCACAAGCCCGUGAGCUCUUCCUCGCUCUAUCGAAUCUAGUCCGCAAUCUCGCCACAACCCUUCAGAAGAAUCCUACGGCAAUGCUGCGAUUCCUCCUUUUUGUUCUAGCGUUUGUGAUGGCAUUUUCUCAGAGGCAGAUUCGUGAGAAGACGCGAGAAGCAGUGAGGCGGGCAUGGGAAAAGUUGCGGGGAACUCUUGGGAUGGGGGUCAAGGUCAGCUAUAUUUGA